UAGAUUAGUUCCAGCCCAGUCAAGGAGCUAAGUCAGGGCUAUAACUAUCGCUGGAUUAGAGUGUAGGACAGAAAGGAGACCCGUGUCAUUACGUUCCAGUUCCAGCUUUAGAGAUGAUAUUCAUAGUGAUGCUGGAACGACCUCUACUCUCUCUACUCAGUCAGCAGUUUACUGUGUGAUGAUGAUGAUGAUGGGCAGAGUUUUUCCUGACUCCAGGUUCUCGUGAUCUACCUCGAUUGUGUGAUAGUUGCACAUUGAGUGUCUGUUGUACUGUAUGUAGCCUGUGCUUGGCUGCACACCACAUUGACUGGGUGGGUAGAGUUGUGCUUCCGGGGAAUGAGUUCCGUAUGUGUGCUGUUGCUGCCUGGGUACAGUAGAUGGAGGGGCCCCUAGCCUGGAGCCCACCUACAUUCACAAGUAUGUUUAUACUUUCAAAGGCGGCCAACAAAAUGCAUUCCCCUGGAUAAACAGCCAGGAUGCUGCUUCAGCCAGAGAACAAAAGACAAGCCAAUCACACUCUUUUAAUGUGAUGAUGCCACACUGUGCCAGCAGCACACAGUGGAAAUGAAUCAAUUUACAGGGAUUAACAGCAAUGAGGGUAGCAUGGUUAUUGGUUACAGCAGAGGUUAAGUGGGGGUACAGUACAGCCCUGAGUGAGGUUUUGUUGGGUGCUGAUUUGGGGGUUUGGGUAAGACGUGAGCUGUGUGCUGCACAGCGAUUUGGGCGGCACCUCUGCUGUGCCUUUGGCUUGUUCCGAGCUGUUAGGGAGAGGUGAGGUUGGAGAGACGUGCAUCUGAACAUUAACGUAACAACUUUGCUCUAUCUAAACUUUUGUAACGAGAGAGAGAAUUCAGGAAGUUUGUGUUUUGGAGAGGUACCAUAAUUACACUUAAAAGCAUCAGUUUGACAUCUUAAAGUCUCAACGAAACGCGUAUUGUCUGAAUGGCAUGUUGACUGGACGUCAUGCUUGCCUCUUGGCUCAGGCAGCAGCACUGAACAUAGUUGGCAAAGGAUUUAGAAUUUGCUAACUGAUUCCAGAAGCGGUAGCUACAGUGUAUGGCUUUGUGCUUCUGACUUUGGUCUCUAGGCAGAUGGUGGGACAGGACAGCAGAGUCCCAAAUGCAGUGGCCUUCUCGCAGGGUCUCUCUGAUAGGUGUAAGAAGUGAUCCAAGCCUGGAGCAGAGGUAUUUGACCCUCUGAUUACAUAGUCUAACCAGGUUGUCCUAUACUGUGUUCUGCUGUACUGUAUGUGAGAAACUCUGAGAUGCAUACAGUGCCCUAAGGUUAACAACACUGACUACAAGACUCCAUCCAUUUUAGAGUCAAUUGAAAUCAAAUGAACUUCAUGUAUGUGUCCUCUGGGACAGGGGUUGUUGUAUAGUGCAGACAGACAGUAGCCUCUCCUGUCUUGGACCACCAUGUUGGCUAGACUGGAAGCUCUCUGUGGGGUGAUUUAGUGAAGGGGAGCAGAGCGGUUCUGAUGGCUUGAGCAGUGACCGUGCCCAGGUCCAGGAGACACAGAGGCGGUGUGACGCUCUCAGCUAACCCACUCAGUUACACAACAUGCAGACAGGCCGGCUGGCUGACUGGCUUUGUUAGUCCCUUCUGAAGCAUACCACUAGGCUGCUGUGGGGGCUCAGUGAAAAAAAAAAAAAGACGAUUUACAGCGACUGUAACACUUCAUAUCGCCUUGUCCCUCUAUGUAAUUAUCUGAAUGAGAAAGGGAAGUGGUGUACUAUUCUUUUUGCUACUUGUUGUGUAGACAUCACCUACUCUUUCUAGCCAGGCUUUGCUCAGCUAUUGUCGCUGUGUUGUGUGAAUGCUGGGGGAGAUGGCACAGAACUCCUCAUGUGGGAGGUCCUGUUCUAGGUGUAUUGAGAGCCUGCAUAUUUGCCAGCUAAAUAAACUGUUUUCUAUAUUAGGUAGAGAGCACUAGUAGUGUAUCAGUAGUGGGAUCUCUCAGGACAGUCUGUUGACACCCACUCUUGCCUGAAGAAUGGAUUCUGCCAACUUACUUCCCUCACCACCACUGCCGUACCUUCUCCUGAACUCAACGGGGACGGACCCGAGGACACGCAUGUACCCUGUGUUCUUUGGUGAGAGCAUCGAGGUCAACCCCAAACCUGAAACAGAGAUCAAGUGUAACUCUGAAGUGAAGUACGACUCAGACAGGCACUACCGGGACCAGGUGUACUGCGCUCCCGUUCCCACGGUGACUUCUUACAGCGAGAUGGUGGUGGCCGUGCAGAACUGCACCUGGCGGCGCUAUAAGUCCCAGGUGUACCUAGAGCCACGUCAGAGGCCCCUGCACUACCAAAGCACCACCAUUGUGUACCCCAAACAUGCCAAGAACACUUACCGCACCACACUCAACUACAACGCUACGGGUUCCCAACGGUGGUUUGUCUCCACCGUCCAGCUGAAGUCCAGCGAGGACAGCAGCCCCUGCAUCAUCUACGCUGAGGACCUCUAAACCUGAUCUCAGACCUGACCUGCCUGGCCAUUCCUACUGUUGUGGAUUGGAUACACACAGAGGCUGACAGACAGGUGGACACACAGGAAGACUGAUAGACUGACACACAGAGGGUGGUAAUAUUGCAUACUGUAUAAGGAAUAUAGUAGGGGGGAGUACAUCGAAUCACAAAGGCCUUUAAUGAGUUGUCCUUCAUGUUAAUUUGUAUUGUGAGGCAGAGAGCAGCCAGUCUGCAGCCUCUUCUCUCCAGGAACACCUCUGAUAGUUGAGCAUGACUCUGGGGGUUGAUGGUACCACGUUACACACCUUAUUUGACUGUAAAGAUUAAUUAUAGAAAUGGACAUAUUCAUGCUCAAAAGCUGACGUGAAUCCACACAGAUGCGUGCAAAGCAGUCUAAUAGCUUGAUUGCACUUAUUUUAACAUUGUGUAAAUUGUGGGUAUUCUGAAAAGGGGGGGGGGGGGGGGGGGGAACCAAAAGAUUGGACCAAAGAUUUUGUUACAAAGAUGAUUUCACCCUAGUUGUAAGUAAUGUCUUUGACACAUCCUCAUCAGACUCUCAAACACGACUCCUGCAUUAGCUCUACAACCGGGUGUCACGAGCACAUCAUUGUCGUCUCUCAAAAGAUGCCCAGUGACGACAAACUCAUCUCUGCGGCUUUGCGUCUUGCUUUGACAGACACCAAACCACAUCUUCAUUAGUGACCUCAAACUCUAGAAUGUGUAUUUUUAGUCUGAUAGACACUGGGGCAUUUUAAAGCUAGAAUCCUUAAGUGAAACAAUAACAAAGUGGCCACUUUGUUUUGGUAAAAAGCCUGAGGGAUGGGCCUGGAGAAAUGUAACCACAAAUUCAUAGACUGAGCAUGGAUGCAAAGGCUGACUAGUUUACACCAUGUUUUGAGGCUUUACAGUGUUUACGUUUACAUUGUUUACAAACAUUGGAGUAAAACAAGCUUGUAUUUAGGGUUCUGAUGGGGUAUGACAGUUUAACUGAGUUCAUGAGGCAUUUCUAAGUUAUAUUCUUCAAGAAUCAAUGGGUGUAUAUAUCAUUCAUUUAAAGGUCUAAAAAUGGAUGUAGCAACGAAGGAUUCUAGCUUUAAAUGAAUAUAUCACAUUAUCCAUGCCAUUUUCUACAACAAAUCAGAAAUAGAGUCUGAGGCACCUUCAACAGCAGGCAGAGAGUCUAGGUUUCUGUUAUAGAUUGCCUCUGGUGAAGGAGAUGCUUGUUGUCGCUGCCAUAACUACAAGUCAACCUGCCAGUUGGAAAUGCCAAAGUUGGAGCCAGAGAGGAGGAGGGAGAGCAGAGCUGGGGAAACCUGAGGAACAUUUCUAUUUUAAGACAUGGCUCUAGCCUCUGAUAUCCAGGUUGUUUGGCAGACUGGUAAACACGACCAUAAAAAUCCAAACAUGUUACUCUCUCCAACACACUGUUGUUAUAUACAGGAUAGUGAAAUGGGUGGCUUAGAUUUAUUCACAGCUGUCAGGUGUUGUAGGAAAAUAAUAUCAAUUCUUAUUUGUAUUAAGAAUUGCCUGAUCUCGCUCACAACAUUUUUUUUAGUCUAUUUUAUGUAUAUGGAUUAUGGAACCUGGUAAAUAUUCAACCUUGUAUUAUGAAUUCAGAUCUCUUACCUCCAUUUUUUUUCUCUCUCUACUUUAUUUCAUAGAAAAUUUGCAUUUUCUACUUUUCAUUUACAUCCUGAGCUACUUUUGUAAUGAAAAAAAUGUAGGUUUUGAAAAUUGACAAAGGUGUGUUUUAUACACUAAAGAAUAUGGACAGAAGAAAGUGAGAGAAAGUGAAGAGGCUCUGUUUUGGAGGCUUUCUUAAGGGUCAAGAUGUUCUGAGUAAUGAGGUCUACUGUAAAUGUUACAAGUGCAACAGCAACUUUAUAAUACUGAUGGUUUGAACCAUAGGUAUUACAGUGGCUGGUACAGAAAAAGGCCGUUCAGUGGAAAGAUUGCUGUGGAUUUCUGUGAUGUGCAGAAGGUAUGUGAGAAGUCAUGAGUUAUAUGUUUGAGGUGAUGAAAGUCGAAGGGUUUCAAAGCAUUUGGUUGUUUUGUUUAAGAUACUUUCUAAUUAUUGAUGUUAGUGUUUCCUAACGUUCUCCUUUGUUCUUGUAAAAUACUUUCCUGUUGUAUAUGUGGCAUCGAGGCACUUCAUAAUUCUCUUUAUAUUUUUGUAUAUUUCCUGUGUCAAUCUUUUUUGUUUGGGAAAAUAAAAAAAUAUUUAAUUGAAUAAAAAUCUUUUAAUUGAAUAAAAGACCAAAUACCAAAACCCAAA